AUGGAGGCGAUACAGAAGUUUGUCGAUGGCCGCAUUGACUUUCAAGCGCAGCGUCUGGCCGACCGCAUCAUGCAGGAAGGCCUCGUAGCCGCCGCUGCAAUCGCCUUCCUGCUCGGCUACUUCACGCAGAACAUGCAGCUGUGCAUGAUCACGUUUGGGCUGUGUACGCUCGCGGUCGCUUUGGUGACCGUCCCAGCAUGGCCUUUCUACAAGCGGUACCACGUCGAGUGGCUGCCUGCUUCAUCCACAAACAUCGAGCAGGAGGCAUCUCCGACUGUCAAGCAGGAGCCAUCUAGAGUCGAGCAGGAGGCAAGGACAUGA